CAUCUAAAGCAUCUAAAGACAACAAUUCAACAAAUUAUAAAACUGAUAAUAAAAAGCAAAAUAGUACACAAGAAGAAAAUCGAAGAGGGAAAGAAAUAUUUUCCGAAACGAAGAAAAGAUUAAUGAAUUGGAUAAUCAAUGAACCCAAAGAAAAUUAUUUUACCCAUCACAUUCAACAAUUAAAUCAAAUUAUUUUUGAUGACAAGUCUACAAAUUGA